AUGGCAAUCCAUCCGAUUGUGCGCAACGAGCGCCCAGCAGCUAGCAACCUGACCCAGCAGGAUAUCUCUGCAUGGACAGAACAAGCUGCCGCUUCGCUUCAGAUCCUAGACAUUUCCGAAACUGUUGCUCAAGUGGAGGUUACAGACGGAAUUAGAGGCACUUCGACUGCGCUAUCCAUCCCUCUUGACGGGCCCAUCCCAGCGAGCGUCAAACCGGUCUCUCACGUCAAGAUUGUGUCCAAAUCGACCGACGAGACUACCGCCGCAGUAUCGUCAAGUACAUACCGACGCCGSGAGCCACUCCGUCGUGAUAGCCUGAAGAGGCGCGAGGCAUUAUUGAAGGGCAAAGAAGGCAGUCGUCGCAGGCAACGAUGGGAGAAUGAUCGUCUUCUGAGCAACCCUUGGGCUCAACCCCCGGCUCCUGGCGACUGGUCCGUCCAACCGACGCAUCCCCGACACGACCCCGUUCCGUACUACCUGGCACCGCUGUGGGAUAGUCACUUCGCACAAAAAGAGCGCAGCAAGUCAUUGAAACAGUCGAAGAAGAACAAAGAUCAUGAGGAUGAAAAGAGUCGGGUUUCCAGGGAAGUUCGCAAGUCUCUCAAGCACGCCCGUGCCGCUCGCGGUAUGCUACAAGAUUUGGAGGAGGAUAUCCGACGAUUUCUCGAGAAGUGGAAUGACAAGCAACUAGAGCGCGAAUUGAAUAGCACCGACAACUCAGAGUAUGAGGAUUCGGACGAGGAGAUCGUUUUCGUCGGUCGGAAUGGUCAGAUGCACGAUGCUCACAGUCGUCAAGAGAAAGCCAGAAUGGUUAGCGAAGGGCUCCAAGAUGGGCAAAAGAUGGUGUUUGAAAGUCUGGCUCAAGAUCCGGGCGCUGUUUUCGGACGAUGGCUCGUGCAUUCGAUCGCUACCUACUAUGGCUUKUWUACUUGGUCAGUCUCGUCCGGCAGUCCUGAACGUCGCCAGGCUUAUGUCGGACUCAGUCCUCCGGCUUCAAAUAUGCAUCUUUCGGAUCUCACACAUGAUUCGGCAUUGAGGAUCAAGCCUGGUGAGCCGUUGCCMAAGCCACUCUGGGUUCAGUUCAAGGAAAAGGUUGGUCAUCUCAUGAUGUCCUCCUCUCCCACAACAUAUCAGAAUGGACCACAGGGCAGUCAAUCAAGCACAUCGAGUACCGCGGAAUCGGAUCAUUCAAGAAGUACAGCACCAACAGAACACAGCCGUCGUAUAGUCAUUGCAGAUAAGAGAGAAGACUCCUUCACAGCACCUUUUUUCACAGAAGACCCUCGCCACUCCAACUCAACAUAUGCAUCGACAGUGCCUUCGUAUGAGGACCUACCGAAAGAGGAAGAAAAGGAAGAGCCUCGUUAUGAAGUCGUGACAGAUCGACAGGAAACAUUUGCUUCAAGCGCGAUACCGUCCAAUUCACAGACUUUUGCCGACUUGUUCCCGUCUGGUCGGCGUCUGUUCAUCCAUCAUGACGAUUCCACGCUAGACGGAAAUAUGAAUCUGCGCGUCGACACGCUACUGAAUCGCAGAGAUCGGACUGGGCGACAGGAAGUCACUCUUUUUCAUCUGAGGAUGCAUGAUCUGCACAGUCGGAACUUCUCAUUUCGGCGGUAUUGCCGCGAUUCUGGUCGUGAAGUAUGCCACUCGAGACGAUUGGCGAGUACGGCUCAUUCGCAACGGCCGAAUCUACGGAGGUCAUGGAGUACGGUCUUGAAUGGAUUACGGCCGGGCUCGGGCUCGAGUGAUAAGCAUUCUGUGAAUGGGUUUUUGAAGCAUAACAACAGCAGCAAACAUUCACAUCAUCAAUCGCUUCCCAAGUCGUCGCCUUUACAGGAAUUUAUGCAUGAAGAUUCCACAUCGUCCGAACCAGCUGAAGAGAAACUCUCGAAUACCAUGCUCCUCGAGUUCUGCAACUACGCGCACGUUGAACUCUCGCGAGUCGGCGUCACGCCGUCGAAGAGAUACGAAUUCGAGUAUUGGAGUACAAAAUACCAAUGGCGACGCGAUUUUAGACGCGAAGGAGACCUUGACGAAGUGUCAUACCAUCUCGUCAACCUCGAAUCGUCAAGGACAGUCGCUUAUAUAGUACCUGAAAUACUGACCCCGAUGGAGACAAUGGAGGAAGCAGCGAAGGGAGGCUGGGUACCGAAGUGUUCGAUGUGGAUCAGUGAUGCGUCCGUCUAUGAGAGGAUGCCUGAUAUCGCUGAGUAUGUCCUCUCUGAAGGUACUUCCCUAAAACGCCUCAGCUAA